AUACCCAGUAGCCAUCGAAAUAAACUAGCCACGAAAAACAGGUGACGCAUUUAUCAAUUUCGUUUAUGUCAAAAGUGCAGACAAAGAGUGUGAUUAUUUUGUAAUUUUCCACAUUUUUAUAAAUUUUUGUGUAAAAUGUCGUCGAGAAAAAAGGCACUACUGAAGGUAAUCAUCCUUGGCGAUAGCGGUGUAGGCAAAACUUCGCUUAUGAAUCAGUUUGUCAACAAGAAAUUUUCCAACCAGUACAAGGCAACAAUAGGCGCAGAUUUUCUCACGAAAGAGGUAAUCGUAGAUGAUCGAAUCGUCACAAUGCAGAUUUGGGAUACUGCUGGCCAGGAACGAUUCCAAUCUUUAGGAGUGGCGUUCUAUCGCGGGGCGGAUUGUUGCGUCUUAGUAUUUGACGUAACUGCCCCCAACACGUUCAAGUCCUUGGAAAGUUGGAGGGACGAAUUUUUGAUACAAGCUUCACCAAGAGAUCCUGACAAUUUCCCAUUUGUCAUUUUGGGCAACAAGAUCGACCUGGACAAUCGUGCUGUGUCUGCUAAGCGGGCACAACAAUGGUGUCAAAGUAAAAAUGAUAUUCCCUAUUUUGAAACAAGUGCCAAAGAGGCUGUGAAUGUGGAGCUUGCAUUCCAGACCAUUGCUCGGAAUGCUUUGGCCCAGGAGACAGAAGCAGAGCUGUACAACGAGUUUCCUGAUCAAAUCAAGCUUAAUGCCAAUGACAAUGGUCGCAACAGGGAUGGUGACAACUGUGCUUGCUAGGCCCUAAGAAAUAUGCUUCAAUGAUGGCAAUUUAUUAGUCUCAGAUUAUAUAAAGUAAACAUACAUUAAAGUAUAAUAAUAUUCUGUAAGUAAUGUUUCCUUUUAUAUCAUGUAAAAAUGUAUAGAAAUAUAACGUACCACAUUCACACAUACUUUUAAUUGGUUGUUGCACAUUAAAUUUUCAAAAUAACUACAUUCUGUAAAACUUUGAUUUCUUUGUUUAAGUACAAUAUAAUUUUGAUAAAUUGGCAAAAAAUCUAUUAAUAAUAUCAGUUUCUGUUCCAAAGAUUCCAAAAGUGGUCUAAUAAUAAUUAUUGUAAUGUAUGCUAAAAUUUACAUUAUUGUAACUGGUUGAAAUUGGUUUGAAAUGUGUCAAGGUUACUACAUAAUGUACCUAGUUGUGACCAUUUUAUCAAUAUUUUUGGCGUUUGAUGAUGUCUCAAGUACAUUCAAAAAAAUUUUUUAUAUUUGUCACCAUACAAAAUUUGAGAGCAUAUUGUAUAAACAUUUAUUUACUUUGUUUGAAUUAGUUACUAAAUAGUACAUUCUAGAACUCAACUAUUUUCCGCUGUGACCUUAAUAAAUGACAACUUUAUUUUUAUUUUUGUUAAAAUGAGCUAUGGACUAAGGUAUUCCAAAAUGAUAUAAUUAUGUAUAAAUAUUAUUUAAAAAGAAAAAUACUGCAGGGUAUGUUUCUCCGUUUCAUUCAAAAUAAUAUUCUCUGAAACAGGCCUGUUUACAUUACAUUGAGUGUGUAAGAAAUAAAGUAAUUGUUAGGUGAUUUUGCUAAACAUUUCUAAAUUAGAAAUAAUGAUUUUUAUGGUAUUGUAUUAGUGUACUAGAUAUAUUUCAAGGGCAGCCACUUGGCUGAUCAUAUAUAAAAUUAUUAAAUAAAAAGAAUUUGCCUUUAUAUCAGGUACUAAUGUAACAAUAUCAAAGAAGUAACCAAUUUAUUUUAUUCUGUACUCAAUGUUGUGUUGGAUGAAUAUAACUUUGUAUAGAAAUGUGAUGAAAUGUACACCUAAAACAUUCAUGAUAUACAAAAUGUGAUAUUUUUAGUUGAAUUCUUUGUUAAAAUAUGUCGAUUGUUAUUUGUUCAGUUGCCUUAUGGUAAAAAAAUACCGAAAUAUACAGUAUUGAUGUGGAAAUUCGACUGGUGUGGCUUCACCACUCUGUUUACCAUAAUUGGAUUAUGAUUGUGGAAAGCGGACAGUGUUUGAACAGAGUUAAUGCAACAUUCAACAUUUCUGUAUAUAUUUGGAUUUUAAACAUUAGUUGUAAGUAGUUAAUGAUAACACUAUUAUAAAAUAACAUGUCAUAUUACUCAGCACUAUUCAUAACGAGUUUUGGGUGUGUGAGAACAAAUAAAAAUGUAGAUUGACUCAAAACUGAAAUACGAAAUACCUGUGAACCAACAUACAAUAGUAAAAGAUCACUGAGUUGUAUUAUUUAUAUAUAAACAAUACAAGCAGCUUAAAAAGCAAUGCCUAAUGCAAAAUCCAGCUUUUUUAGGAUUGUAGAUUUUUGAGCAGCAUUCAUGCUGUAUGUCGCUGUUGUUAUUGGUAUAUGUAACCACGAAGUCCAUUGAAUGUAGCUGUAUCUUUAUAUAAAUUCAUACUGUUCAUGAUUUUAUUAUAAACCUCGCUAACUAUGUUCAUCAUUCACACGACCUUGCCUUUAUUUCAAUACUUUAAAAUUAGUGAUCAAUAUGAUUCUCACGUGUUUUUACAUCGCAUAUUUUUUAAUUAUUAUAGUAUGUAUAAUUAUUACCUAAAACAAAUAUAAAUUAAGAUCUAGUUAUAAUAAAGGAAGGUAACAAACGAUGUACGCUGUAAUAAUGGUUGCUUUUAAUUUUAUAUUAAUAAACAAAAAAAACAUAA